AUGCCCAGACAGGACCGGACACUACCCCACCACUCGCCAAUGCUCCCUAUGCUGCUGGUGCUUUCUGGGCUGGGGGCCGGACAUGCCCUAUCUCUGGCCCAGGAGCAACUCUCCAACCUCCCAAGCUCUUCUGACUUGCCCUCCAGUCUGGAUGUCCCUAGAUUUCAGGGGCUACGGAAGGGCUAUGAGAGCCUACAGAGCAGACUUGAGGAGACCCAGGACUGGGAAGACAGGACUUCGGACCUCAUCCCAGCCACUCAAAUCAGGAUACUCAUCCCAAAGCUACAACUUGGGCCAGGCAGCCACGUGCGUAUGCGCAUCCCCAAGGCAGCCCUUUUUGAGGGGCUCCCCGAAGCCUCCCGCCUGCACCGCGCGCUGUUCCGACUGUCCCCGACGGCCCCUAUCUCAUGGGACGUGACGCGUCCACUGCGACGUCAGCUCGGCCUUGGAAAGGUGCUCACACUCCGCCUGCGAUCUUCGCUACCCGCCCAAGGGUCUACGGAACAGCCCCAGUUGGAGCUGCAUUGGCUGACAGCCACCGCCAGGGGGCGCCGCAGCGCGCACGCGCGCAGCUCGGACGGUUGCCCGCUCGGGGCUGGGCGCUGCUGCCGCCUGCGGAGCCUGCGCGCGUCAUUGGAGGACCUGGGCUGGGCGGACUGGGUGAUGGCGCCCCGCGAGGUGGACGUGCGCAUCUGCGUCGGCGCCUGCCCCAGCCAGUUCCGGUCAGCCAACACGCACGCGCAGAUGCAGGCGCGCCUUCACGGCCUGAACCCGGAGGCUGCGCCUGCGCCCUGCUGCGUGCCCGCCAGCUACGAGCCGGUGGUGCUUAUGCACCGGGAUAGUGACGGCCGCGUGGCCCUCACGCCCUUCGACGACCUAGUUGCCAAGGACUGCCACUGCGCAUGAGACCCCUCAGCCUCACUCCUGCGGUGUCCACAGAGGAGGUGACCUCAUUCUUCUGUGCUAUGACUUCUUAAAAACUGAGUAGCCCUUCCAUAACCACUCCUGCCCAAAGCAUUGUAUUUAUAGGUUUGUAU